UUAAAAAAGAACUGUGUAGAGAUGUCCGUCGUCUGUCUCCCUCGCGUGUGUGAGGAAUGGAGGUUUGUCCGCUGCUUGCGCUUCGAAUCAGGCUUGUGAUCCAGAAGCUCAAACGCGCCGCGCUCAGGCUUAAAGGUAGAUUGUUUUUUGGAUCCCAGAGAUUUAGCUGCUUAUCAGGAAAGAAGAAGAGGAAAAGCUCCACAGAGCAGAGAAUUCAGCCGGCUAGAAGAACACCCAAGGAAAUCAAGAGAGAAUAUGGAUUCGAGGAUUCUCCAGCAGCAAAGGCCAGAGCUGCUCUAGCAGAGCGCCAGGAGAAACUCAAGAGGGUAGAGGACAAGGCCCAAGCACUACACAGCAAUUCGGAGAACUUCGCCGCGACAGCGAGAGAGCUGGAGAAGAUGAUGGCCUCUCGCAAAUGGUGGCAAGUUUAGAGAGAUUGCUCGUUCGUUCGUUAGCUCUUCGUCAAACAAACAAAAGAACUAUGCUCGAUCGAUUUUGAUGAUCGAGUAGUUCGCGUAGUUCUUUCAAGCAAUGAGAGGGAGGGACGUGGACGCGUGCUUGUAAAUCUCGUUGAUCGAUUCGAAAGUGACAAGAUCGGCUUUAGAUUUCC